AUUUGAUAUGCAGGAGUCCUUCUUGCUUAAAAUUUUUGCCACUACAAAUUUAAGUUGUGUGCUCAAUAUUUAGGUACAUAGGUAGUACUUAUUUUGCAGAUUGGCUUGUACUCAAUACCGUACAUCAUUCAACAGCUACAAAUUUUCAAGCUUAAAAAACCAUAAUUGGAAUCAUCAAUUUUUUUUAUAUUUUAGAAAGCUGAAACUGCUUAAAAAAUUGUUGCUUCACUAAUUUUUACAUGUUAUAAUAUGAAGCUUUCUUUAUCUUCCAAGAGCCACUGUAUUUUUUGCUGUUCAGAUGCUCUUCUCAUCUGUUCUAAGAGAAGCAAUGAAUGGCUAUUUACUUUCAUCAACUUGCUUGAAGAAGAAGCAAAUCUAUCAACUGCCAGGAACCAAAAUGAAGACAGUUCCAACAAUGGGUCAGAGAACACAGCAUCGAAGUGUGGGCCUGAAGAAGCUUUAGAGAAGGAGAUUGUGACAGGCUGUUGCAUCAGUUCCUGCGAGCAAUUUUUGGCCGCCAUCACGUCUCAUAAGAAGCUGCUUGUAUGGCAAGCAGUCAACUCUUCAUGGCAGCUGCAGCGUUCCUGGAGCCUCAUUAAGAGACCUGUUGACCUUAUUUUUGACUCUUCAAGUGAUCAUGUCUUAGUGGCUGGUGCGUUUAUGAUAGUACACUCAAAUUUACUCGUAGGUACCUUUGUUCUACUAAAGUAAAAGUACUUUUCAAAGUAAAAGCACUACUCAUGGUACUUUUACUUUGGAAAGGUAUUUCAAAAUAUGGAUUUUUUAAUAGGAAUUCGUUCUCUAUUUAAUCCUCUGUCUGCUGAUGGUAACUCUAUUUUGAUCUAAGAUUCUAAGUAUAUACGAGAGGCAACCCAGAAAAACCAGGCUGCCUGUGUGGUGGGCGAAGUUUUGGUAGUGCCGCAUUCUCUAAGUAGGUAUGUGCAUUAGGCCGCUGACAUUCAUCAGUAAGUGUGCCAACCAUUGCUGUCCUAGA